AGGUCGGAUGUAGAGGAGGAGUAGAAGAUAAACAAAAAAAAAUGUUGUGUCUGCAAGUGUCCACUGCAGGCUAUGGCAAGAUUGAAGACAUCGUUACAAGAAUGCAGGAUGACAAAACAGGUGGAGUUCCCAUCCGCACUGUCAAGAGCUUUCUGUCCAAAAUCCCCAGUGUCGUCACUGGUUCUGAUAUUGUGCAGUGGCUUAUGAGGAACCUCAGCAUUGAGGAUACAGGGGAAGCAAUACACUUGGGAAGUCUCAUUGCUGCACAAGGUUAUGUCUUUCCAAUCUCAGACCAUGUCCUUACCCUGAAAGAUGAUGGGACGUUCUAUCGUUUUCAGGCACCAUACUUUUGGCCCUCAAAUUGCUGGGAACCAGAAAACACAGAUUAUGCCAUCUAUCUUUGCAAACGGACCAUGCAGAACAAAGCUAGGCUGGAGCUGGCGGAUUAUGAAGCCGAAAACUUAGCAAGACUUCAGAGAGCGUUUGCAAGAAAGUGGGAAUUCAUCUUCAUGCAAGCAGAGGCCCAAGUGAAAAUCGACAGGAAAAAGGAUAAAACAGAAAGAAAGAUUUUGGACAGCCAGGAAAGAGCAUUCUGGGAUGUGCACAGGCCUGUGCCAGGUUGUGUGAACACCACAGAAAUGGACAUUAGAAAAUGUCGCCGUAUGAAAAAUCCACAAAAAGUGAAAAAGUCGGUAUAUGGGGUUACAGAGGAGUCUCAGCCCCAAAGCCCUGUACACAUGCCAUCCCAGCCGGUACGCAAAACUACAAAGGAGGACUUCCGGAAGCAAAUAACUUUUCUGAACAUGCAGAUAGAGAGACACUGUUUAAAGAUGUCCAAAGUAGCAGAAAGUUUAAUAGCCUACACAGAGCAGUAUGUGGAAUAUGACCCUUUUAUAACUCCUGCUGAGCCUUCCAAUCCCUGGAUAAGUGAUGAUGUAGCAUUGUGGGACAUUGAAAUGAGCAAAGAACCUAGUCAGCAGCGUGUGAAAAGAUGGGGUUUCUCCAUGGAUGAGGUGCUGAAGGAUCCAGUAGGACGAGACCAGUUCCUUCGUUUCCUGGAAUCAGAAUUCAGCUCAGAAAACCUGAGGUUUUGGUUGGCUGUCCAAGAUCUCAAGAAACAACCUCUACAGGAUGUAACCACCAGAGUGGAAGAAAUCUGGCAAGAGUUUCUAGCUCCUGGGGCCCAAAGUGCUAUCAACCUGGAUUCCCACAGCUAUGAGAAAACAAGCCAAAAUGUCAAAGACCCAGGGAGAUAUACAUAUGAAGAUGCACAGGAGCACAUUUACAAGCUGAUGAAGAGUGACAGCUAUGCGCGCUUCCUCCGUUCCAGUGCUUACCAGGACUUACUGCUGGCGAAGAAGAAGACAGAGAAUGAGCAAGGUCGUAGAACUUCUCUAGAAAAGUUCACUCGCAGUGUGGGAAAGUCUCUGGCGAGCAAGCGCCUCACAGGCCUGAUGCAGUCCUCCUGACAUCUUCUUCAGCCAACCGCCCCGUGGGAGAGACAUCUGGGACCGCUGCUGGGGACGGGGAAUUUCAGGGAGAGCAGUCCCCUGCAGGGGAGAGAGCCUGAGUGACUGGAAGUGGAGAGCCACAUGCCAGGGGAGCACCUCUCUUCAUAGUUUACACCUACACUUUCCUGCCUGCACAGCUCCGUAAGGACCCCGAGCUCUGUCCAGGUACUUUGUUUCGAACCGAGGUUUGGAGGAGCACACUUCACUAUACACAGGAGGUCGACAAGGCAAGGGUUUGUUGUCUCAUUAUUUAAGGAAACAGACCCAACCACAACUAGGAGAAAGAAGAGCUGAGAGAUAUCAGUAUUUUUAUGCAUCUCCUCUCUCCCUGGCACAAACAUGACUGUAAUAGAUGGCUCCACAAUCUCACUUGCUCCCUUUCUUGUGGCCGUCUGGAUCCAAUAAAAUAUCUGCUGGAA